AUGUCUUACGAGUCCGAUAUGAGCGACUCGUCCAGACUCGAGGAUGACUUUUCUGUCAUAGAGCGUCUUGCUGAUGCAAUUCGCGUUGAAGAAGACAUCAAGAUCAGCCAAGAAGACCGCAACACCAUCGUCCAGGAUCUGUAUGAGGGUCCAAGGCAGUGCCAAUGCUGCAUCAACUGGAUGACAGAAUGUCCCCAUGAUAUCGACCUCACCGAACUCGAGAAGGAUGAUGAAGCACCUGAGGAAGGCAAUCCGAUCAUUGUGCGACGUCGUGUGAUACCCGGAGCAGCGGGAAGCGUCGUCUCGAUUCAUUCCAUCGAGGUCCGCCACGCCGCAACUCGCAAGGUCCUUAUCGACGUUUUCAGCCCCUACGACGACAUUGUUCAGGACAUUAAAUACCUCUCUUUCCUUGCGCCAUUCCAUCAGUUCUACUGGCGCUGGGAGCAUUUCGAGCGCGCGGUGGCGGAGGAGCAGGACGAAGAAGUCAAAAAGAUCCUCCUCACGCUCAAGUGGAUUGUCAAACGCGAGCUUGCCGAGGCUUUUGCCGUGAGCAGAGAGCUCACUAGUCAUGGCGUCAUUAACUACAAAUACCUCUGGACUCUCUUUCCUCCUGGCGAGCUUGUCUACUCAAACGAUGAGGAUGACCAUCGGUUCUUCGUUGUUCAAUCGAUGAGCUGGACUCAGGUAAACAAUUACAACCUUCUUCUCACCUAUGUUGACUGGAACGGCACCAACUUUGGCACGUCAUCGAAGUCCCAGGGUCUUUGGAACUUUAUCGGGACACAGAAAAUCAACAGCCUGGACAUUUUCCCUGCCAAGUAUUUGAAGAACUUUGAGGGCAUGAGGACAAAGCUGACAGAGAGAGGCCGCAAAUUUGCCAGCCUGGCUGGGAAGCACUACAAGGCCUAUCACUCACCUAAAGGAGCCGAUGCCAAUACCGAACUGCGCAUCAUGGUCGACGGUGACCAUAGUCAGAGCCGAUCCUACUUGUUCGCUUUCAUUGGACUUUCCCCUGAAAAUUAUUUAUUCAGACAGCAAACAAGUCUGAUCAUUCAGGCACCGGUUGACUCGCCUCCUCCAAAUGGGCAUAUUCCCCUUCAAAACGAACGAAGACGCCGUGGUAACAACCGAUUCGAUGACUGGUCUGACGAUGAACCGUUGCCACAUCGCCGUCACCCCCGUCCCCCACCCCCUGCCCGCCCAAUGCCAAUGCCAAUGCCAAUGCCUCCACCGCCACCGGGAGUUGUACCCCUGCCGCCUGGAGCCGUUGGUAUACCGCCUCCGCCUCCACCAGGAAUGCGUUAUCCGCAGACCAGGGGACGCCCACCGGUCGAAGUUAUAAGGAAAAGAGGAAGUCGUCGACGCUCUGUAUCCAGCUCGAUCAACGGAAGAAUCGACGACUCCGCACUCGACUAUGCUAGAAGCCUAUUGACUGAUUUUCAUCUAUCUCUUUGUGUUCCCUGUGUUAUGGGUUACGACUUGAAGUCCAAGACCUGGAGGAGUUUUGAAGUGGACUAUAUCUGUGAUAUUGAGUGGAAUACGGAACCGUUCGAAAGCCUGGUACUCCCAGACGGCUACAAAGAUCUUAUCCUCGCUUUUGUCGAGAGUCAGGUGAAAAACAAGGACGCCUUCGAUGACGUGAUCAACGGGAAAGGUGGCGGCCUCGUUGCUUUGCUAGCUGGUGAGCCCGGUGUAGGCAAAACCCUCACAGCCGAAUCAGUGGCCGAGAAAAUAAAGGCUCCUCUGUUCAAGAUGGAACUGGGGGAGUAUAAUGAGGACGAGGGCAGCGAUUACGAGCGUUCCAGGAGCCCCGCUGCCAGAGACACAGGAGCCAGACGUAGGCAAGGAGACUUUACCUCGGCCUUUGAGCUUGCAGCUCGAUGGGGAGCUGUUCUUCUCAUUGACGAAUGCGACACGUACCUCGAGCAGCGUAACGAUAAGUCGUCGAAACGCAACAGAAUGGUGUCUCGUUUCUUGAGAGAGCUAGAGUACUACCCCUCGCUCCUCUUCCUCACGACGAACCGCGAGCGAUGCCUUGACCCGGCCGUCUACUCGCGUAUCCACCUGACGAUCAACUAUCCGGCCCUUGAUCAACCUUCCAGACUCAAGAUCUGGCAAACGUUUUUGGAAAAGAACGGUUCGAACAUGUCUAAGUCGGAGUUGGAAGCACUCUCCGAGAUCGAGGUCGACGGUAGACGUAUUCGAAACAUUGUCAAGACUUCAGGAAUUAUGGCUAAUAGAGAAGGCCGUCCAAUCCGCUUCGAUGACGUGAGAAAAGUCAUGAAGAUAACUGAAGGACUUGAGUUGAAAUCAUUUUACAUUGAGUUUUGA